CUAUAGAGGUCGUGGAUUGAAGCGAAAUACAAGAUGGAGCUCUGAAAUCAGUUGGGAGUGGCUGAGGUAUCAUAUUGCUAAAAGUAUCGUCGUAUAGUCAACGAUCGGGAGAUCACCUCAUAUCAGGUCGCAAAAGUAAAACAUCAAUUGGUUGAGAAGAAUCAUCAACAACUGAGAUGUCUUACCCACCAGCUGGCCCACAGGCAGGUUAUCCACAGCCUGGACAACCAGGUUAUCCUCCACCGUAUUCAGAGAUGCCGCCAGGGCAAGGCUAUCCUCCACCAGGACAUGUGGGAUUCCAGCCACAUCCAGGGUAUGUCCCACCUGGAGGACAGCCAGGUUACCAACCUCAGGGUUAUCAGCCUCAAGGGUACCCACCUUCUGGUGGAUAUGGGCAGCCAAUUGCAGCACAGCCAAUAAGUGGAGGGCCACCAGGAGCUCCUGGAUAUGGCUAUAACUCUGCAAUAAUGACACCUUAUCAGCCACCGCAAGGUGGAUGGAUGAAUAUGCCACAAGGCAAUCCCAAUAUCCCUCGCGGUUUGGAAUACCUUACUAUGAUUGACCAGCUGCUAGUACAUCAAAAAGUGGAGUUGCUCGAAGCGUUUACUGGAUUUGAAACUCAGAAUAAAUACACCAUAAAGAACAGCAUGGGACAGAAAGUUUACUAUGCCGUGGAAGAUUCAGACUGUCUCACACGAAAUUGUUGUGGCCCCCUGCGGCCAUUUGACAUGAAGAUUCUUGAUAAUUACAAGACGGAAGUGAUUCACCUGAACCGGCCCCUAGCCUGCGACAGCUGCUGGUUCCCCUGCUGUCUGCAACGUAUGGAGGUAUCGUCACCCCCUGGAACCGUCAUUGGUUCAAUUGAGCAGGAGUGGAGCAUUCUCACCCCACAGUUUAACAUCAAAAACAGUGCAGGCGAUACAGUGCUGAAGAUUGAAGGACCAAUAUGUACAUUCAGCAUCUGUGGAGAUGUUGAAUUCAAGGUUCUGUCUAGAGAUGGAGGUACGCAGGUGGGGAAGAUCUCUAAACAGUGGGCUGGGCUGCUGAGAGAAGCAUUCACUGAUGCCGACUACUUCGGAAUUACUUUCCCCAUGGAUUUGGAUGUGAAGAUGAAGGCGGUUAUGAUUGGCGCAUGUUUUCUGAUUGAUUAUAUGUUCUUUGAAAAGUCAGGGAACAGAGAAGGGGAUAGCAUUGGAAUGUUCUAACGCAACUGCAAGACUUAUUGCGUGAACAUGGCAACUAUAUGGGACAAAGUUUUUCCCAUACUUUACACAUAAAUGCCUUAUGUUAAAAGUUAAUGCUGCUAAUGUCUAUUUAAUGUGGUUUUAAAAGUUUAUGAGAGAAUUCUAAUAUGUUAUAGGAAUAUUUUCAUUGAACAUUGUCCAUCAUGCAGGAGGAGGAUCUAAUGACCACUAAUGAAGAAGCCAGUUAUCUACAAACUUUAUUAAUGGUAGCAAUCACAUGGUUUUAAUUGUGUCUGUCUGGUCCAUUGUUAUUAUAAUAUUGUUUACCAUCAAUUUAUUUCUGUCUCUUUUACACACUCAACAUUAUCCAUCUUGUAGGUCUUAUACUAAAACACAGUGUUUGAGAAACUGAGUUUGCUUCCAUCUUCAAGCAAAUGGGGAACUAAACUGAUGAAUCCAUUCACAUGAGCUGUCCCAACAACUGGCCUAGUUGUGCUUAUUGUGUAAAACCUUAUUGACUGACUAAUCAUACGUUCACAUUCACUCGCAUUCAGUCAGUUGGUCAGUCGUCACAUCCUUCUUGAGAUACUAAUAGCUGCCCAGCCUUUUAUAGAAUGACAGGGUCCAUUACCGUGUCCAUAAGAGCUUGCCUCUGUUCCCUAUCCUAAGCCACCUGAAUCAAGUCCAUACUCUCCAAUCCUUUUUAAGAUGCAUUUUAGUAGUAUUCUCUGAGCUGUGGCUAAGUCUUUCUCAAGUGGUCCCAUUUCUUUCAGGUCUUUCUAGCAAGACUUAAGCAUUUCUCUUCUCUCUCGAACACAUGCUACAUGCAGUGUCCAUCUCAUACUUCUUGAUAUCAUGAUCCAAAUAAAAUUUUAUGAGGAGUACAAAUUCUCAUGCGGUUUUAUUCAGCAUCCUUUUGGUUAUAAACUCUAGGCAGUGGGUAAUGUUCUGGGUGAAAAGACUGUCAGUGAUGUAGCUUCAUAAAAAUAUUUGUGAAUCAGUCAGUCAUCAUCAUCCUUUGUUUUCAUCUUGUUCAUUCAUAAAUGUUUGUGACCAGUUGUUCCUUCACUCUGUAUCUCCUUCUGAGGUGUGUGUACCUUUCUUGUACUCUAGCCCAUAUCUGCUCCAUUCUAGGGCCACCCUCUAGAACAUCAUGUAUCUUGAAUAUUAUCCUCUUGGUUGUGUUUUCCAUUUGGAUAAUGGACAGUGUUCAGAAUGAGUAUAACCAUGAUGAUGCAUAAUUGUGCACUUAAUUAAUUUAUCCAGAAUUGGUAAUUACCUUUAAUUUUUAAUUCCCUUUAUACUAUUUAUGAAAAUUGAACUGAACUGAACCACAUGUGAAAUCUUCACAUAUUAUUACUGUACUUGCUUGUACAUCAUUUGUAUAAUAUUGAGCAGCUAGCUGUAUUGUAUUUGUGAUGGCUCUAUACAUUAUUGCCGUUGAUAAGAUUCUUAAUACAUUCACUGCUAAUGAUUCUGUGGCGACCCCGCUGUCCCAGCAACAGAGACAACUCGCAGCUUCUAAAGCAGCUGGAAUAUUCAGGCAGUUUGUAUACCUGAUAAGUCUGAAGCACUUAUGUUCAAAUUUUCAGUAAUUUUUAUGUGUUUCUAAAAUAAAAUUGCAUUAAUUAGUAUUUUGGCAUUGGCAUGGAUGACUUGGCAGAGACAUUACAGAAGUAAUAUAUAUGCUAUUAUAAAAUUUAGUGUAUGGAUAAUUCACAAUUUCUCAUUCCUUAACUCUUCCACUAUUUCAGUGUUUCUUUUUGUGCGCUAGACUAGCCCUAAUUGUUGUUUCCCCCCAUAUUUUUCAUGAUUUUUUUAGGUUAGCUUAAUACUUAUGAUUGCAUAAAGUUCUUCCGUUCAUCUGUUGGUGGCAGUACCUGGCAAACUAUCGGCAAGAAGACACGUUCCCCUAAACUUGACAGAUGAGGAGGUUCAUGUGUUAACUCUGCUGUACUGGUACCUAUCGAUGCAGCUAUUCUCAGGACAACACUAAUGUAGUGGAAUUUAAACAUGAGAUGAUCAACAGCGCAGCUCAUUUUGUUAUGGUGUGGGUUUUUGUAGUGAUAGUGCUCCACACUUCUUUUCAGGAUGUGCUUAUUUCCAGUCUUAUCCAGAUCCAUUGGCUGUCCUGAUGUUUUUUAUGGUUUUCCUCAGUUCUUCCAGGCAAAUGUCAGGAUAGUACCUUGAUUAGGAUGCAGCUUAUACCUUCCAGAUCCUAUCCAACUCAGUAACAAUCCUGCCAUUUGGUACUAUGUUGUGUAGAUGUUGACAGCAUCAUAAAGUUAUCAUGUUUAAUAAAUAGUGUUCUUUCAGAUUUGAAAAGAAAAACUCAUGCUAAAAUAUAUUAUAUAACAAAGUAAUAUAUGAUUCUGGAAAGAAUUCAAUCCUUCACGUAUUCUGUCACUGCUGUGUGGACUGAGUCAUGGAAUGUGCCAACCUACAUUACAGUCCUCUGUUGUUUUCUGUAAGGUGACAUUUUUCUGCUAUACUUCAUGUGUUGCUUAUUAGUACUCAUUGUAUCCUGUGAUAUCUAAAAUUAGCAUGUCCUUCAUGGUAGCUUUUGGUUAUAUUUUUUUGUAAUGACACUAGGAUUGAAGCAUAAAAAAGUCUAGUAUUACAGACUAUAUGUACUGAAGCAUUUCGUGAACUUCAUAGAAAUGAUAAAUAAUUCAUAUUGGAUGUUUCAGAUUAUGAGUCUGCUUAUGCAGGUGUUUUUGUUUUUGAAACGUCUUUAUUGAUCUAAUUUACUUAUUUUUUUAACGUAUGCUUCUUGCUUUUUCAUAUAUAAGUAAGUAUGAUCAGGCUCAGUAUUUCAAUUUUAUGUUUAUGUUACUUUAAAAUAAAGUUUACUCUUAAUUUUUAGGGGUUAAUGGAGCAGAGAGAAAUCAUAGAUAAUAAAUAAACUACAUUAAUCCAAAGUUAGCUUAUUUUAAAUCUGAUACACUUUGGAUUAUAUAUUAUGUAGUACAAGACUGAUUUUCUGCUUAGUGUAAAGUUGGGUGAUUUCAGGGCACUUUCAUGCAAAAAGUAUGAAAAUGUUCUGUUAACCACAAUGUUUUUUUUUAUUGAAAACUAUCUUCGAAAGAUUCAACUUGCAGAUGGCAGCAACUGAGUGAAUAGCUUGUGAUGUAACAGGGCUGUAAAUGUUACGAAAUGUGACUGUGUAUAAUCUCCACACAUAAUUGGUUGUGUACUGUAUAAUUUCAAUAGAGUAGCUUUGGUUAGUGUUACUGUCAUGGAUCCAUAUUGAGGUGUAUGUAAUUGUGCAUUUAUUUUAAAUUUAAUAUGAUCACUAAUUUAAUGUUUAAACUGAUGGAAAUGUUAAUACAAAAAUAUGUUCAUCAUUAAAUAACUGAUGUUAAUAGUCACACUACAUCGAUGCCUGAGGACAUGGAAGGAUUCAACAGAUUAUUGCUUAUUUCAGUUUGGAUUUCUCAGUGAGCUUCAAAAUAUUUUUCAUGCUUUUUGAAGUGUAGGGAAUUUGUCUUUCUGUAUGAAAGCAGUAGUUGAUAAUUAUGUAACUGCACAUUGCACAUGGGGUGAUGAAUAUGAAUUUGGUUUGUGGGUUGUGUGAAGGUGUUAAAAUUGAAGACUUUUGGUGGUGCUGCUCUUGUGUAGUAUGGUGGACAGGUAGUAAUGUUCUGAGGCAACCUGUUGCCUUUAUCUUGGAUGUGGUAGGUGAGGGUUCCUCAGAGACAUUCGAUACCUAUUUGCCAUGCUACACAGAGUCACAUCUCAGAAGUCUGCAAUCUUAAUACCUUUUUGAAAACCUAAUUUCUCACAUGUGAGAAUAUUCAGAUAGGCUUGAUAUGUCAUAAAUAUUUGAUAUUUUAUAUAAAAUAUGUGGUUCCAUGAAGAAAAUUAAAUGCACAAAGUUCCUCACCAAAGAACACAUUUUGUAAGUUUCUGAAGGGGAUUGUGGUUUCUUCUUGUAAUUUGGCAGCUGUAUUUACCAUUUGCCCAACCUUUCUCAAGAUAUGAACGAAUGGCAUAUAUAACUGGAUUUAUCGCAUAAAUACAUGCUUGAAAAACUUAUAUUCGCGAUGUCCAGAAGUUCAUACAUAUGGAUUCCACCACACGGUUCUGUGAUGAACUUAGAAAUGAGAAUGGCCCUUGACAAAAUUAUUGACUGACACAUAAUUUUCGUAGAAAGCAUGAUGAAAGUUUAAUGUGACGUAGCAACGAACAUUCAACUUUUAAUUCUUUUCAUUGAAAAUCAUAUGUUGACUGAGAUUUUAUCAAUGGAAGUUUUAUCCUCGGUGUUCAUAACAGGAUUGUGCAGUGAAAUCUGUGGGUACAAAUUUUCAGAUAUCAUGUACACAGGCAUGAUAUGGAAAUGUGUACAGCCAUCUGUGGCAUUAAUAUACAAAAUGCGCAUGAUUUGAAGUGAUGUAAUGAUUUGCAGCUAAACGAAAAUCAACCUACAUGUUCUAUGGAAAAAUAAAGAUAAUAUUCCACCACAAAAAUGUUUUGAGUGACCUUCAUGCAGAGUUGACUUUGUACAUGAAAGAAAUUAUUUGUACAGGUGUGUAAUAUUUAUCUUUUAUUUCAAAUACAGAUUAGUUUUUA